UAUACGUCAUUUCACGCGCACGUUGUAAGGAUAAGAGUGAAGGUUGCUUUGAAUCGACAGCAAUUCCUGGAGGAACUAAGGCGGAGGACGCCGGUAGCAUAAUGUCAGGAAGGGGUAAAACCGGAGGGAAGGCUCGCGCCAAGGCCAAGUCCCGCAGCUCCAGAGCUGGAUUGCAGUUCCCCGUGGGCCGCGUUCACAGACUGCUGAGGAAAGGCAACUAUGCAGAACGUGUGGGCGCCGGUGCUCCGGUGUACCUGGCCGCUGUGCUCGAGUACCUCACGGCAGAGAUCCUAGAGCUGGCGGGCAACGCGGCUCGCGACAACAAGAAGACCCGCAUCAUCCCGCGUCAUCUGCAGCUGGCGGUCCGCAACGACGAGGAGCUCAACAAGCUACUGGGCGGAGUGACCAUCGCCCAGGGCGGCGUGCUGCCCAACAUCCAGGCCGUGCUGCUGCCCAAGAAGACGGGCCAGGCGGCCCCCAGUGCGGGGAAGGGGGUUAAGAAGUCUUCGCAGCAGUCCCAAGAGUAUUGACUCCGCCGUAGUGCUGCUCGAACAGGGCACGCGCCCAUGAUGGGAAGGCUCACCAUGAUGAUGGACUACUACAGUGACAUUUUAGUUUGCGUUUUGUGACAUAGCUAGAUAGAUUCUUUGUGUUUGAAUGUGCUGCGCCCCUCCUCCCGCGUCGAGAAAAUAAAAUCGUGGUGAGACUUU